AUGCCAGACUGGGCAAACGUCACUGUUGCUACGCCCGUUGAAUGGGCAUUUCGUCAAGUCGACUCUUUGUUUGUGAAAAUACUCCCAUCUAAAAUACACCACCAACUAAAGAAGAUAUUUGAUUUCUUAGUGAGCAAGUGGUUUUUUAUUGGGUUGGCCUGCUUCAUUGCAUUGGCCCACUCGUAUCCCAGCGCCACCAAUGGUGUCCACAUUGACUAUUGGGCUGUGGCGCUCAUUUUCUUCAUCUCUGGUUUAUCGAUUCAUCGCAAUGAGUUGUUACUCAACUUCUCAAACAUCCACGCACAUAUCUCGGUGCUUGUAAUGUCUUUCCUAAUUACAUCGUCCAUUGUCUAUGGCAUCUGCUGCGGAAUCAAGGCUGCCGGUAAUGAAAAAAUCGCAAACUGGAUGUUGGUGGGCUUGAUUGUCACACAUACCUGUCCAACUACAGUCUCCUCAAAUGUCGUCAUGACUCGGCUGGCCGACGGUAACGUAGCUCUCUGUCUAUGCGAAGUCAUUAUAGGCAAUAUGUUGGGCGCGUUUAUAACCCCGGCAUUGUCGCAGAUGUACUUAACAGGGACUUGGUCCUUUGCAAACCCGGCAAACGGUUCCAGCGUCCAAUCUGUUUAUAGGCACGUUAUGAAACAGAUCGGCUUGUCGGUCUUUGUCCCCAUGUUUGUCGGACAGGUGGUUCGAUAUUUCUUUGAGAAGCAGUGUGACUGGUGCAUGAAGAAGUUCAUAUUGAAUAAGGUGGGCACCUUUUGUUUGCUACUUAUUAUGUGGUCCUCCUUUUGUACGGCGUUCUACCAAAACUCAUUUACAUCAGUCUCUCAUGCUUCGAUAAUCAUGAUUUGUUUCUUCAAUUUUGGUAUUUACUUGUUCUUCACAGUUGUUUGUUUCUUUUACGCACGCCCGCUCUUCAUCAAACGGUUGUUUCCCCGUGACAUUGACAAUGAUUCAUCCUUGGCUUAUAAGAUCCUCUACAAGUUAUUCCGUCCUUUCUACUAUUCCAAGAGGGACACCGUCACCAUUUUGUUGUGUGGCCCGGCGAAAACGGCAGCAUUGGGCGUGUCGUUGGUGACGUCGCAAUACGGCAACAACAACCCGCAUUUAGGCCAGUUGUUGGUACCCUUGGUGCUAUACCAAGCUGAACAGGUCUUCACUGCCGGAAUGCUCACCUCCUUGAUGAAGAGGUGGGUUCAUUAUAACGAAGCCACCGAUUCCGAAGAGGAAUCCAACGACAAGUUCGACCAAACAUCAAUACAAUCCUUCUCUUCUGUAUAA